CAAUUGCAGGACUAGCGUUGGCAAAAAGUUUGUACCGAGCUCCUUGGAGAAGUUUGAACUAAGUCGCAGAGUUUGCACAAACUCUUAAGAUCACCGGUCUUGGUGCUGGUUGUUCUGCGACGAUCUCAUUUAUUAAACGGCCCAAGCAGUAAUUUAUAAAAUCCACCUCCAAAGUCGCCCGACGAUCAGUGAGAUAUCGGGGAGAGGGCAAUGAGUAGCUUUACUUUGUGUGUCAGUCUUUUAUCUCUGCUAUCUACCGGCUUCUCAGAGAAAGCUUCCAAGGAUACACUUACUGGCAAAGCAGUUCAGGAUGUGCUGCAUAAAGAAAAUCUAGAUCAGCAUUACAGAACUAUUCAGACGAAAUUUAACCUUCAGAGUUCAACAAGUACAGAUGAAAAAGACUGUGCCAUUAUUGCAGGUGUGAGUGAAAGUCUAGGGAAGUGUAACUUCAAUCGAACUUCCAAGACGUUCAUUAUCAUUCAUGGUUGGACGACAACAGGGUUAAUGGAAUCUUGGAUCAAUGGUAUGGUUAAAGCUCUACAAAAACAAGAAGCACAUGCGAACGUCAUCGUGGUCAAUUGGCUUGAACGUGCACACCAGCUUUACACAGUAGCUGUGAACAACUCUGAGGUGGUUGGAAAAGAAGUUGCCAUCUUAAUUGAUUGGCUGAAGCAGGUGACCAAUUUACCUCUUCAAAAGUUGCAUUUGAUUGGCUACAGCUUGGGUGCUCAUGUUGCAGGAUUCGCCGGAAAAGCUGCACAAAAAAAGAUUGGACGAAUAACAGGUUUGGAUCCAGCUGGCCCCAUGUUUGAAGGUGAAAAUCCUGAUAAGCGACUUUCCCCUGAUGAUGCAGACUUUGUAGAUGUGCUUCACACUUUUGCAUACAGUAGGCUAGGGGUCAGCAUUGGCAUUGCGCAGCCCAUUGGCCACAUUGAUGUUUAUCCAAAUGGUGGCAGUUUCCAGCCUGGUUGUGGUCUUCACGAUGUCUUUAAUGCCAUCACCAAUGGAAAUCUUGGUGAUGUCAUUUAUUGUGAGCAUGAGCGGUCUGUGCAUCUCUUCGUCGACUCCAUCCUCAAUCAGGAUAAGCAGAGCUUGAUGUAUCGAUGUCCUGACACCACGACAUUUGAGAAGGGGAUGUGCCUGAGCUGCCGAAGCAAUCGUUGUAAUAAAUUAGGCUACAAUGUCAAAGAAAUCAGAAGUAAACGCAGCAAUAAGAUGUAUCUAAAGACAAGAGCAGAUAUGCCCUUUAAAGUAUUUCAUUAUCAGUUAAAAAUGCACUUAUUCAGUGCAGAGGAAAUACAAGGCACAAACCCCAAACUGAAUGUUAACUUGUACGGCACUGAAAUUGACAGCAAGAAGACCAGUAUUGAAAUGCCUGAGCAAGUUAUUGCAAACAGGACAAAUUCUUUUCUUGUCUGCUUGGAAGAGGACAUUGGGGACUUGUUGAAGAUUAAGCUGAGUUGGGAGAAACCCACUUCAUCCUGGUCAUUUUGGACAAAUUUUAAAAGUUUCUGGUAUGGGUCGGAUUCUGCUGAAAAAGAAGAUCUGAAUGAGCUGGAGAUAAGGAAGAUUCGAGUGAAGUCUGGGGAAAUGCAGAAAAAAUAUACAUUCUGUGCAAGCAAUCCAUCAGCCACAAAGAUUUUGCCAGGCAAAGAAUUGACAUUCAUCAAAUGUCUGGAUGGCUGGCCAGUUAAAAACAAAACAAGCUUAUUCAAGUUCAUUACAAGGAGCGUUUGAAGGUAAAGUUACAGUAUCUUCAAGGAAACCUGAAGGAUGCCUUUAGCUGGAUUCUAUCCUGAAAAUGCCAAAGCAGCCAUGUCUAAUAAUAGAUUAUUCCUGCUGACUGGUUACUUUGUUUCCUCCACUGACUUGUUUCGCAUGAAGUUCUCCAUUGGAGAGAAGAGACAACCUGAUCUUUGACUGUGUUGUUUGUGGAAACAAAGUGCCCAUGGUACAUUUGUACUUAUUGCAUGGAGGCUCACAUUCAUUCACCUGCACCAGUUACAGCUGCCAUUGCAAUGACCCGUAGAGCUAUAUGUUACAUUGAUUUUUUUUUAUACUGCUGAUAAUUUAAAAGAAAAUGUCUGUUUCAUAGUCCUAUUUGUAUAUAUUGAUUUGCUGCAUUUUUGUACAUUGCGGACUUACUUUCGCUAAAUGCUAUUUAUAUAUUGAAGUGGAAUACAUUUAAAAAUAAAAUUAUUUUUCUGUAAUAAUUGGAAAGAAUUAAUUAAAAUGUGUGCACUGUUUGACACCUUUGA